CUUCCCUCCCUCCCUCCCGCGCCCGGAUGGGAAGGGGCCUGCCUGCCUGCCGGGGCGCGCCUUCGCGGCUGGCCCCGGGCCCCUCCUGGGUCGCCGACGCCGUUGGCCUGCGCCCAAGGCCCCGCUGCCGCGCAGGGCCAGCCCCCACCCCGAGCGCCGAGGGCAGGCUCCCGCGCCCUCCGCAGCGCCAGCCAGCCUGCCGCUCGCCCCUGGAUGCUUCGCUCGGCGGGUGUCCUCCUCGGAGGCCUGAUAGCUGAGCCAGGAGGAUGUCUGACGUGCGCCGGGACAGCACAAGCAGCUUGCAGAGGAAGAAGCCACCGUGGCUGAAGCUGGACAUUCCUGUUCCAAUGGGGGUGGCAGUGGCUGAAGAGCCGGCUUUGGCACAGCCCAUGAAAUGCCAGGCCUUUCUGCGAAGUGUCAGCAUGCCCGCAGAGAACACGCGCUUCCCUUCUCCCCUGAAUGAGUUUCGGCGGCCAGUCCUCCAGCGGCAGACGUCAAUCACCCAGACCAUCCGGAGGCAGGUGCGUUUUGAGAGGAUUCAGACCUUGCCCGUUCAUGGGCGCCAGGUGGGCAGGAGGCCCCUGAGAAAGCGCCAGUCACUGCCCAGAACGUUCUUCAGGGGCACUGCAGACUGGUUUGGAGUUAGCAAGGAGAGUGAUGCCACACAGAAAUGGCAACGCAAAAGCCUGCGCCACUGCAGCAUGCGCUACGGGAAGCUGAAACCUCAGGUGAUCCGAGAGAUGGACCUCCCGAGCCAGGACAACAUCUCUCUGACCAGCACAGAGACACCUCCUCCGCUCUAUGUGCCCCCAUGCCAGCUGGGCAUGCAGAGGAUAAUAGACCCUUUGGCACGUGGACGGGCCUUCCGGAUGCCUGAUGACACUGAUGGCUACAGCAUGCCUCACACACCAGUCACACCUGGUGCUGCAUCUUUGUGCUCCUUCACCAGUUCACGGUCUGGUUUCAGCCGCUGGCCCCGGAGGCGGAAGAGGGAGUCUGUUGCCAAGAUGAGCUUCCGGGCAGCAGCGGCUCUGGUGAAGGGCCGCUCUGUGAAAGACAGCACGCUACGGCCGGCCCAGCGACGCAGCUUCACUCCAGCCAGUUUCCUGGAAGAGGACACAGUAGACUUUCCAGAUGAGCUGGACACCUCCUUCUUUGCCCGGGAAGGAGUCCUUCAUGAAGAACUCUCAACGUACCCCGAUGAAGUGUUUGAGUCCCCCUCUGAAGCAGCCAUCAGGGAUGCUGACCUGAAACCCCCACCAGUUCAGCCGGUGCUCACAGGCGGGGCCUUGGACCGAAAUGAGCUGGAGAGGAGCCACUUGAUGCUGCCACUGGAACGUGGCUGGCGGAAGCAGAAAGAGGGGUCUGUGUUCCAGCCCAAGGUACGCCUGCGCCAGGAGGUCGUCAGCCUGGGUCUGCAGCGGCGCGGCCAGCGCAUCACGGUGCCUGUGCGGAAGCUUUUUUCAAAAGAGAAGCGCCCCUAUGGGCUGGGCAUGGUGGGCCGACUGACCAACCGCACGUAUCGCAAGCGUAUCGACAGCUAUGUGAAGCAGCAAAUCGAGGACAUGGAUGACCACCGGCCCUUCUUCACUUAUUGGGUCACCUUUGUGCAUUCACUUAUCACCAUCCUGGCCGUUUCAAUCUAUGGAAUUGCCCCUGUGGGGUUUUCACAGCACGAGACUGUUGAUUCGGUCUUGAGAAACCGAGGUGUUUAUGAGAAUGUGAAGUAUGUUCAGCAGGAGAACUUCUGGAUCGGUCCCAGCUCGGAAGCUCUGAUCCACCUGGGGGCCAAGUUUGCCCCUUGCAUGCGGCAGGAUCAGCAGGUGCACAGCUUCAUCAGCACCACCCGCCAGAAGGAGAAGCACUCGGCCUGCUGUGUGCGCAACGAUAAGUCUGGCUGCGUACAGACGGCCGAGGAGGAAUGCUCGUCCACCUUGGCGGUGUGGGUAAAAUGGCCGCAUCACCCCAGUGCCCCCCUGCUGGCAGGAGACAAGAGGCAAUUUGGAUCGGUUUGUCAUCAAGACCCCAGGGUAUGUGAACAGCCAGCCUCCAUGGACCCUCAUGAAUGGCCCGAUGACAUCACCAAGUGGCCAAUAUGCACCAAAAACAGUGCUGGGAACCACACCAACCACCUGCACAUGGACUGUGUGAUCACUGGUCGCCCCUGCUGUAUCGGCACCAAGGGAAGGUGUGAGAUUACCUCUCGUGAGUACUGCACCUUCAUGCAUGGCUACUUCCAUGAAGAGGCCACUCUCUGCUCCCAGGUGCACUGCAUGGAUGAUGUUUGUGGGCUUCUGCCCUUUCUCAAUCCGGAGGUUCCAGACCAGGUUUAUCGCCUUUGGCUCUCGCUCUUCCUUCACGCAGGGAUUCUGCACUGCCUGGUGUCGGUGUGUUUCCAGAUGACCAUCUUGCGAGACCUGGAGAAGCUUGCUGGGUGGCACCGCAUUGCCAUCAUCUACCUGCUAAGUGGCAUCACAGGGAACUUGGCCAGUGCAAUUUUCUUGCCCUAUCGAGCUGAGGUUGGCCCAGCAGGCUCCCAGUUUGGCAUUUUGGCAUGCCUCUUUGUGGAACUCUUCCAAAGCUGGCAGAUCCUUGCCCGGCCCUGGCGGGCCUUCUUCAAGUUGCUGGGCGUGGUGCUGUUCCUCUUUGCCUUUGGCCUCCUGCCAUGGAUCGACAACUUUGCCCACGUCUGCGGCUUCAUCAGCGGCCUCUUUCUCUCUUUUGCCUUCCUGCCCUACAUCAGCUUUGGGAAAUUUGAUUUGUAUCGGAAGCGGUGCCAGAUCAUCAUCUUCCAGCUGGUCUUUGUUGGACUCCUCUCUGGCUUGGUGGUUUUGUUCUACUUCUACCCUAUCCGAUGUGAAUGGUGCGAAUUUCUCACCUGCAUCCCUUUCACAGACAAGUUUUGUGAGAAGUAUGACCUAGAUGCACAGCUCCAUUGAGCAAAAGCAAACACCCUAUGCGUCUUGCUUUCAUCACCCAAGCUGCCUUAUCCGAGAGACUGGAAUGUUUACUGCAUACAGAACGUCUGUGCCUUGUUCAAUUUUGCAGCACCUUUUCUGAACCUUCUAUUUUUAUUGUGCUAGUUUCCAAAUGGCCUUUUUAACAAGAUUUGAUACCUGUUGUCCAGGUGGUAAUUAAAUCACGAGGUAGCGUUUUAGCUACAUUU